AUGCUACAAACAAAGUCAUUGAGCCAAAAGCUGAUCAACAAAUGGAAAAAGUUCUCAAAUGCAACAAUUAAUAUUGUUUCCUUAACUGAGAUUUUCACUAGUAAUCAAAUAAAAGAACACAUUAUGAGUCUGAGAAAGCAAUUUAUUCAGAAUACGUCUGAGGAAGAAACGGGAAUGGAUGCUAACACAUGCCAUUUAUGUUCAAUGCAAAAGCUAUUUUUUGAGGGCAUGCAAGACAAAAUUGGAUAUAGAGGUUAUUCGAGGACUACCCGGAAAAAUGAGUCUAUGGCUUUUCAUACUAUAACGGGAAAAUCCCUCCAAUCUGAAUCUUCAAAUUUGCUGCAAUCUCAACAUCUGUCAAGGGAAAUUUCAGAUGUUUCCAAUCUUUUUCCCGUCCUGACCUCUAGUUCAAGCCUUGGAGAUAUAAGGCAAUGUCAACCCCAGAAGUUGAAUUUUCAACAGAAUUUCAAACAUCUUAGGCAGCAAUAUGAGCUUCGUGAUAAAGCUUCUAUGGCCCAGCCUAGUUCAUACUUCGUUGUAGUUGACUGCAUUUUGUCUGAGAUGAGGGUACUGUAUGAGAUGUGGAAGGAAUCGAACUAUCUAGUUGUAGUUGACUGCAUUUUGUCCCAAACACCGUAUUCAGUUGAGUAUGAAAUCGCUGUAUCAAUGUCUCCUCGUUCAUAUACUCCUCCUGCGAAAAAUAUAGAAAUAAAAAUCAUCAACAAAUAA